AUGACCGAUUUCCGAAUGCCGAUGCACCAGGGCCCGCCUGGAAGGAAACCAGUCGGUAUGGUCCAACAUGGCUACAGCAGCUAUCAGGGCUACGACUCUCCUCGAAACCUUGCCCCUCAGCCGGCCGCCCAAACCGUCCACAGCCGAACUCGCACCACCUCCUCAAACGUGCUGCCAUACGGCUCGAGCUCUCACUCCCCGCAUUACCAAGCCGGUCUAGGACAAGGGCCCAUCUCCCCGAACAAGAGCGCUCUUCCCGCCCCCUUCCCUCCCGCUCGACGCCUCUCCAACACCACCACCUCGACCAACUCGACCGGCAACCAAAUGGCCCACGCAGAUGUCGACAUCCGCCGCAGCGCCUCCAAUCGCUCCGCGAACUCACAACUCGGCUAUGUAGCCCUGAUGCGGCGACAAAAGGGCACCGUCUGGUGCGACCGGGCGCAACCCGAAGACCCUCGCAUGCGCGAGCAGGCUCUUCGCGAUAAACGGAGGGCGUACCUCGAGGUACAUGGUGGUGGCCGCUCUGGGCACCCUAGUAGCAAGAACCGUCACGGCGGCAAGGGUGGGCUGGAUUUCUCACCCUCGAACCUAGUGAGCGCCAAGGUACCGGUGCGUCUGAGUGCGAACGAGAUCGGCGACGCAGAAGAUGACGCCCUCAGCAAUGAAGGGGUCAUUCACCGACGGACGGGCAGCGGUCGCAGCUCUGUGGGCAGCAGCCGGUAUCCUAGCGGCUAUCAGCGACCCUCGGGUACAAUGGGCAGCAAUAGCACGCCUCCCAGCGAGAAGACCGACCUUCCCGAGGUAACCGAGAACCCUCCUGCGGAGGUUCGGGAAGAGGAGAAGAGUCGGGUGUCAUCCCUGACGAAGGAUGACGCGGGGACUACGCACAGCAGUGAGCAGGAAGAUAUGGUGGGCGACAUGCAGGCGCCUAGUGCCGCGAUUGCAGCAUCGGAGAAGGCCAAGAAAGCAGACGAGUUACGGCGGCGAGGCAGUGUUGAUGAGCGGACGAUGUCUUUGGGCAACGUUCGUUUAUUCGUCGCUAACCCCGACGACCUAAGCGACUGA